AUGAGGGAGGACAUGGCCAGGGGCCCUGACAACUCGCCGAGACGGGCGCUCCUGGCGGUGCUUGCCGCCGUGGGCACAGCCAUGACAGCAGCCAUCAGCCCUGGUGCCGUGGCCAGGAUCUCCCAGAAAGGCCUGGACUAUGCCUGCCAGGAGGGAACGGCCGUGCUGCGGAAGGAACUGGAGAAGAUCGAGAUUCCAGAUUACUCAAGAAAGUUUAAAAUCAAGCCUUUGGGGAAAGGGAAUUAUAGCUUCUACAGCAUGAACGUCCGUGGAUUCCAGCUUCCCAGUCCCCAGAUACCCCUGGUGCCCAAUGUGGGCCUUAAACUCUUCAUCGGCAAUGCCAGUGUCAAGAUAAGCGGAAAGUGGAAGGCACAAAAGAGUUUUAUCAAAACCAGCGGCAAUUUUGACCUGACGGUAGAGGGCAUCUCCAUUGUGGCUGAUCUGAAGAUGGGCAGUGACCCCACGUCGGGCAAACCCACCUUCGCCUGCUCCAGCUGCAGGAGCCACGUCAGCAGCGUCGGCGUGCACAUUUCGGGCAGCAAGCUGGGGUGGCUGAUCCGACUCUUCCGCGAAAAUAUUGAAUCUUCCAUCAGAAACACCAUUCAGGACGAGAUCUGCAAAGUAGUGACCAAUUCUGUGUCAUCUGAGCUGCAGCCUUAUUUCCAGAAUCUUCCAGUGAUGACCAAAAUAGAUGCUGUGGCUGGGAUCGACUAUCGUUUGGUGGCAUCUCCGGCAGCCACUUCUGAGUACCUGGACGGGCAUCUGAAGGGGGAGUUUUUCAGCCUGGCCCACCGCAUCCCACCUCCCUUUGCCCCGUCAGCGCUGGAGUUGCCCGCCGACCACGACCGCAUGGUGUACCUGGGCCUCUCGGAAUACUUCUUCAACACAGCGGGGCUUGUGUACUACGAGGCUGGAGUCCUGAAACUGACCCUCACGGAUGAAAUGAUUCCAAAAACAUCCACAUUCCGACUGACGACCAGAUUCUUUGGAACCUUCCUACCCGAGGUGGCCAAGAUGUUCCCGAACAUGAACAUGCAGCUCGCCAUCUCCGUGUCCACCCCGCCACACCUGUCCAUGCAGUCCUCCGGCCUCGCCCUCACCCCUUACCUGGAGGCUGAAACCUUUGCCAUCCUCCCCAACUCCUCCCUGGCUUCCCUCUUCCUGCUUGGCUUGAGCACGAACGCUUCUGUGGAGGUUGGUGCCACGUCCAGCAGGCUCGUCGGAGAGCUCAAGUUGGACAGGCUGCUCCUGGAACUGAAGCACUCGAAUAUCGGCCCCUUCCCGGUCGCACCACUGCAGGCUAUGAUGGACUACGUUGUGCCCACUCUCGUGCUUCCCAGGGUUAACCAGAGGCUGCAGAAGGGCUUCCCUCUCCCGAUGCCCUCCCACGUCCAGCUGUACAACCCGAUGCUUCGGUCUCACCAGGGUUUCCUGCUGUUUGGUGCAGACGUUCACCACGGCUGAAGUCGCCGGGCGUGCUGGAGGCUGGCGGCCGCACCUGUUCCUGAUGGGCCGCAGGGCACAGGCUGCCUUUCUCCAGGGAAUCCCCUCUAGACCUUGACCAAGAAACCCCUCGCAAACUUCUCUGAACUCAGACUGAGAAACGGUCUGAACGUGGGGAACUGUUCACUGGACAAAAUGCAUGGUGUGUAUUUCAAGGGUGACAGCUGCACAGACGUUUCCUCUAGGAAUUGUGUUUCCAUUGUAACCACGAUAUUUCCCUUUGUGCUUCGCGCG